AUGGACAGGGAGAUAAGGAGGAGAGAUACUGACAAAGAGGAGAAUGGCGGGGAGAGGAGGGCAAGGAAGAUAAGAGCUGGAGGAGAAGAGCUGGAUGAGGUCGAAGCACGCGAGAGGUUUCAGGACAUCCGCAAGGCCAACGAGCUCUUCGAGUUUGACAACUCGUCUUCUGCUACUCAGACUAGCGAGCUUGUUGGAUGCACAACGGGAGUCAGCCCCGCUCAGCCUGGUUACCAUCACAAAGUUUGCUACAACCCGGUGCCCUGGCAGUGGUACAAUGGUAACAACUAUCACUACGCUGCUCCUGCCGGUGAUGCCAAUGCCGUGGCAUAUGCUUAA